AUGGUUAUGAUUAUAGUUUGAAAAACUAACGUAAUUUGGCUCGGUAUUUUUUCAGAGAAUGCCCAAAAUGCUGAGCAGAAACAACAGAAGCAGGAGGUGCUGUUUGAUGAAAAUGAGAAUUUGAAAAAAGAUCUUGAUAAGCUACGAUCAGAAAUGAAUGAGCUGCAAAAAACUGCAAAUGAGGAAAAAGCAAAAGCAUUGGCUAAAGCGGAAUCUGAGCGGCAACGGCUAUUGCGCGAUUUGCAGAAGGAAAUCAAGCAGCUGUAUCACGAUUUGAAUGAACGUACGCAGCAGCUGGACGAAGCCCACGUCAAAUUACAGGUGAUCCUCAUUUGCUUUUCCUGGUGCUUAAUGAAUGUUUGCCGAAUGCGUACUGGAAUCCGUUGCUAA